AAAAUUCAAAAUGUGCCUGUCUUCUCUAGAACGCCAAGUUUAUCAAUGUUAUGACGUUAAUUUAAUGUGUUCUUGCUUUUAUAGCUAACAUUUUUUGUUUAAAAACUUGUGAUAUUUUAUAUUAUGGCAUCAACUGCAACAAUGUCAAACAAUGUAGAAAACUUAUCCCCCCAAAUCAUAAGAGGGGUUGUUAAAGAAAUGCAAGAUCUAGUCAAUAAUCCACCUGAAGGUAUUAAAGUUCAAAUUAACGAGGAAGACGUCACAGAUAUACAGGCAUUUAUAGAUGGCCCUGCAGGUACACCCUACGUGGGAGGACUCUUUAAAGUAAAACUAACCCUUGGAAAGGGCUUUCCAACUGAACCCCCUAAGGCUCAUUUUCUGACUAAAAUAUUUCACCCCAAUGUAGCGUCAAAUGGGGAAAUUUGUGUUAAUACAUUAAAGAAGGAUUGGAAAUCAGAUCUCGGAAUCAAACAUAUAUUACUUACCAUCAAGUGUCUUUUAAUUGUCCCAAAUGCCGAGUCUGCACUUAAUGAGGAGGCUGGAAAACUUCUUUUAGAACAUUACGAUGAUUACUCUCAAAGAGCUAAAAUGAUGACCGAAAUUCAUGCUCAGCAACAUAAAUGUAAGGGUAUAACGGGAGAAGGUCCUCUAGCUAAAAAGCAUGCUGGCGAUAAGAAAUUAACAGCGGAAAAGAAAAAAAUACUAAAAGACAAAAAACGGACAUUAAAACGUUUAUGAGGUUAAUUUUUUAUAACUUUGUACUUUUAAACUUUUAUAUAUUUAAAAUAAAUGUUUAUUUAUAUUUAAUUUUUAAAUUUAGGAUCGAGUAUUUGUUUAAAUGCAUUUUUUGUUGGAGACUUUCGAAAUAUUUUAAUUAGAAUAGACGAGUGUGGCAGGAUAUUAUGUUGUAUAUAUUUCAGUGGAAAAGACCUAUUCAGUUUACAGGGUAUUCCCAUGUUAUCCACCUGCAGACGGUAAUAUGGGUGUAUCGUAAAGUAGUUCUUUAUAAAUGUUUUCGAAAGUUGCCAAUUCUGACUGAAGUCUUAUAAGUUUCUCUAUUUGCCUUGUGUCUCGGAUUGUGUGAUUUAAAAUGUUUAAUAGUUUAAAUUAUUGUUUUCUUUUAAUUUUCCUAAUUAGGUACAUUUGAUGUGAGGUUUGAACUAUUAAAUGUGUAUGUAAUUGAUUUUAGGUUACUCUAGUUUUUAUUUAGGUGUAGCACUGCACACCAAAAGUGCAAUCCAUAAUUUUUAUUUCACCAUUUGUAUGAGUUUUAGGAAGUCUUUGUGUAGUUUGUGAUGUUAUUUAUGAAUAAAAAUUAUAUGAUUCCUUAUA